AUGGACAAACAACAGAAUGGAGACGAUAAUUCCAAGGUCCAUAAAUUUUGGAAAUGCUUGACCAUUACCCUGGGCAUACUUUGUGUGGUGAUUAUAAUUGUAAUGAUAGUGAUUAUUGCUAUGAUGAACCGAAAGAAAGACCCCGAAGAAAUUAAAGAAUGUUAUGGACAUCCAGCUUCUGGUGCUAUAGAUUUGACAGAAACAGAUGUACCUCAUGCUUUUCGUGAUUUGACCAGAAAAGAAAUCCAAACUAUUAUGGACUUUAUGUACUCCCAAAAAGAAUUAAAUUUAACCGACCCUGAAAAAACAACCAUUGCGUCGAACUACAUUUACUCCGUGGAACUUGUUCUUCCAGAGAAAACAGAUGUGAUUCAGCCUCGUUCUGGAACCCCGGUAAGAAGGCGUGCAAUGGUCACCGUAUUCCAGGGAGGAAAACCAAACCCUGAUGUUGCAGAGUACUAUGUAGACAUAACAACAUCACCACAAUUAACUUUGUCGAGAAAACCUAUUCCUUUCUCCUUUCGACCAAUCACUUGGCCAGAAUAUAACAUUGGUUUUGAAGUAUUGAAAAACGAAUCCGAAAGAGUUGUCGGAGAUAUACUACAUGAGUGUUUUGACGGAUCUUUUUCAGACUGUGGUAAUAAGUGCUUAGGGUACUUCGUUGUUGUACCGUAUGCUGCCAAAAUCGCGGGUAUUCGGGGAAAGAGCUAUCGAGGUAUUUGGUAUCCAUUGGCACAACUGAAGGAAUCCGCCAUUCUUCACCCAGUUAAUUUCUUUCUUUUGUUGAGAAUGGAUGGAACGGCUAUGCCCAAACCCAGCGCCGUUUGGUAUAACAACAAGUUGUUUGAUUCGCUACAAAGUUUUAAGGAAAAAUGGAACAAUGGAGAGGUAAAUAAGAUCCGCGUUGAUUUCCCAACAUCACAUACCCACCAUGAAAUAUUUCCAGAAUACCCUCAAAGACCACCUAUUGAAGUCGAACCAGACGGAAAACGUUACACCAUCAAAGACAAGACUGUGUCCUAUAUGAACUGGAAGUUCCAUUUCGGAAUAUCUCCGACUCAUGGUCCCCAGUUAUAUCAAAUUAAAUUCAAAAAUAUCAUGAUUGCUUACGAGAUAGGGUUACAAGAAAUGUCCGUAUUUUAUUCUUCGCAACACCCUCUGGGAAUGUUUGCUAAUUACUUUGACAGUGUAGCAAUGCUUGGACGGGCUAUUCGUUCCAUGGUUCCAGGUGUUGAUUGCCCAAGACAUGCUACAUAUAUUGACUCAGUAUUGAUGUCAGAAUCUUCAAGAGCUCCAGUUACAGAAAAGAAUGCGAUCUGUAUUUUCGAACAUAACACCGGCAUUCCCCUGCGACGCCAUCACGCACCUUUCGAACCCCCGUCUGGAUAUUACGAUGGCACGCCGAACACGGUUCUCAUUCUUCGUAUGAUUACAACCUUUGAUAAUUAUGACUAUAUAUUUGAUUUCAUCUUCUAUCAAAAUGGCGCAUUUGAGACAAAAGUUCACUUGACGGGGAUUGUCUUAGGUUCUCCUUUGGUAUCUGAAAGAAAAUAUGGCUUCCAAAUACAUGACCGAUCUAUAGGAACCAUACACCACCAUCUGUUUCAUUUCAAAGUUGACCUUGAUAUUGGAGGUCCCAUUAAUAGCUACUCCACCCACAAUAUAGUAAGGGAUAGUGUUCCAAACAAUUUCUCAAAAGACAAAAAUCCAGACAAGUGGUACCAGGAGAAAAUUGUACAGGUAAACUACGCCACUGAAAGGGAAGCCGCUUAUAAGUUCAACUUCAGUAACCCCAAGUACCUGAUCUUCUACAGUGAAAACGAGAACGAUAAAAACAAAUUCGGUCAUCGUAAAGGCUACAGACUAGUUCACAGGGGUAUGUCUAAGAGUGUUCUACCUGAAGGUUACGGGAACGAACCUGGUGCGUCAUGGAUGCGAUACCAAAUGGCUGUCACAAAGCGAAAGGAGAGCGAGCCUCAUAGCUCUUCCAAAUACGCUACUUACGAUGGAGAACAACCGACUGUUGAUUUUGAAAGUUUUAUUGGGGACGAGAAUAUUCAAGGGGAGGAUUUGGUUGCCUGGAUCACUUUGGGAAAACACCAUAUUCCGCGCUCAGAGGACGUCCCCUUUGUAACAACAAGUCCCGGAGGUGACCUCAGCUUCGUGCUGCUGCCUUUCAAUUUCUUUGACGAGGACCCAAGUACGGGAUCCCGUGACAACGUCCGCAUUCAUUACGAAAAAACGAAAGACCCACGAAAGUUUCUGAAAGUUGAGAGACGAUCAAAAACGGAGGACCUACACUGCUUACCUCCGAAGACUUACAGUAUAGAAGACCUGACCGCGGAUCCAGAAGCUUUCAUAAUCCGACACUAGAACAUACUUACAGUAUAGAAGACCUGACGGCGGAUCCAGAAGCUUUCAUAAUCCGACACUAGAACAUACUUCAGUAAGCAGCUUUAAAUCCCAAAGAAAUGUGAAGAUCUAAACCACUGCCGAAUGCGAUCAUAUUUCUAACAUAUUUUUGAUAUUAGGAAAUGGGAUUAUUAACUCAGGGGAAAAAACACACCUAGGUGCGCUUUUGAUCAAUUUGAUCCGCGUCGUUGGAUUGUUAGUGUGCAAGUUUGUCUGUUGUAAAUGUUCAAAUAUUGGAAUUUCUUUUAUUUCAUCAUUCAGUAAAGAAUUGGGGUUCAAAAGUUGAGACUGACUUCAUGUCAAAUCUCCGGAA